GAGUUCCAUAAUAUCAGUCUGAAUUAUCUCAGAUUAUUACAAUACUGAACGAUGUAAUGUUACCUCAACUGUGACUACAAGGUGAUCUGUAUUCUUGAGCAUAUGUGUACAUAUAAAACAUGUGCACACACAGUGACAUUAGGAUUGUAUGAUCACCGAUCCAUCAUGGUGGCAGGUAGAUGUAUUUGGGAUAGAAGUAUUCUUGGAAAAUCUUUUAUAAGACGAUAACAUUGAAAUAGAUUAGGAACAUCAUGCAUAAAGUUUCCUCUUUUGCAAGGAUCACUGGACAAAUUGGAAAGUUUACUUUAAGGUUACCAAUCAAAUACGAAAGUGGACAUGCAGCUUUGUUUCAAAGGCUGGAUUCUCUGGAAUGUAUAGCUUACAAUAAUGUGAUAUAUAAAGGCUUCAGUAUCCUUCGUUGGUCUUAUGACAAGGACCCAAAAGAACCAGACCCUGGGUGUAAUGACGUUAACCUUCCAGAGAGAUCAGAUGACAAUGUUAACAAAACAACAUGGAGCUGGAGCCCGGCUCACGCGGCAGCAUUUCUGGGUUUAUACGAGUGCUUCCACAAUAAAAAGUUCAAAAAGGAUAUUAACUAUCAAAUGAUGAAUACUCAGUUAUCUCCAUUAAUGGCAGCUGUGUUAGGGAAACACACGCAGUGUGUGUCUGUUUUAUUGGAGAAUGGAGCAAGAUUUGAUCUUCCGGACCAAAAUGGAGAAACUGUUUACCAUUAUGCUGUGUCUCAUCACCCGGAAGUCAUUCCUAUUUUAGCUAAGCAUGAUGAUCCCAAAGGUAGUGACAGAGUUAUAAAUUACCUGAACAAAAACGGUCUAACGGCUCUAGCCACUGCAUGUGAAAAGGGGAAGCCCGAGAUUGUUCAACUAUUGCUGGAUGAAGAUGCCGAUCCAAACAUCACCGGUCAGGAUAUGUAUCCUAUUCACCAUGCUGUAAAAAAUGGUGACACAAGGUCAGUUGAUGUAAUUUGUAAAAAGUUCAAAGACCAAUUGUCAAAACGAGAUAAAAAGUUUGGAGGUACUCCAUUACACUGGGCAAGGGACAGAAAGAUGAUUGAGAAGUUUGGUCGUCUAAAAGCUGACAUGAAUAUAAAGAGCAACACGGGUCACACCCCGCUACAUAUCAUGCAGAGGAAAGACAGAACGGAUUGUCUUAUAGAGCUAUUGUGUUGGGGAGCGGAUCCAAGUAUAGGGGACGAUGAAGGCAAUACUCCAGUGCACAUUGCUGUACUUAAAGAUGAUCUAGAGAUGGUGAAAACCUUUGCAGUUUGUGGUGCUGAAGUAAAUGUCAAAAACAAGAAAAACCAGAGUCCUAGACAUAUAGCCAGUACCUUAGAUAGUAAAAACAAAGAUCUAAUUUUGUAUGUAUUACAUACAUCGGGUGCCGUGAGAUGUGAUGAGAACAUGGAAAACUGUGAAGAUGGGUGUUCCAAGUCAGGAGAGAAAAAUGGGAAAGUUGACGGAGACAUAAUUAAACUUUUACGGAGUGACCAAAGUGGCCCAUUGGAUGAAAUGUUUGCAUCGGUAUUUGAUCCAUUGGCACAGAUAGAUGGAUCGGAGGAAGACUCGGGAUACAGGAUUCUGUCCCUGGAUGGCGGAGGAAUUCGAGGACUUGUUCAGUGUCUGAUGUUAAUUGCCAUUGAGAAAGAGGUCGGGAAACCCAUCACAGAAUGCUUUGAUUGGAUAGCUGGAACAAGCACAGGUGGACUUUUAACUCUGGGAAUCUGCACAGGUAAACCUCUGCCUUACAUGAGAGGUCUGUAUAUCAGAUUGAAGGACGAGGUGUUCACUGGAACAAGGCCGUAUGAAUCGGAGAACUUUGAGGCCCUGUUGAAAGAAGAAUUCGGAGAGGAGACUGUUAUGACAAAUUUUAAGAAACCAAGGGCUGUGGUAGCAGCUGUGCUUGCAGACAGACACCCAACAAAAUUACAUUUGUUUAGAACAUAUGAACCAACAUUUUUGCAGCUGUACGAUUCUAAAAGUGGAAGUCAAUGUAAUGUCAGCACACAAAAGAAUGAUGACGCAGGUUUAGAGGAAGGAAAUGAAGAAAUAUAUUACCCAGCUAAACCCGGUGAACAAAAAGUAUGGGAGGCUGCUCGUGCCACAGGAGCAGCUCCGACCUACUUUAAGGCUUUUGGGCCAUACAUUGAUGGCGGACUGGAAGCCAAUAAUCCUUCUUUGGAUCUGUUGUCGGAAAUACACGAAUAUAACUGUGGAUUAAAAAUAAAUAACAAGUCAGAGUUGGUUCGUCCGAUUGGUGUGAUGGUGUCCCUUGGAACGGGACAGGUACCAGUUCAUCGAAUCGACACUAUUGAUGUCUACAAACCAGAGGGAAUUUUUGAUGUUACAAAGAUAGCGCAUGGAAUCCAAAACCUGAUAAAUGUGAUGGUAGAUAAGGCCACAAUUGCCGAGGGUCGCCCUGUUGACAGAGCCAGGGCGUGGUGUGGAACACUUGGAGUACCAUUCUAUAGAUUCAGUCCCCCAAUAACAGAGGUAGAAAUGGAUGAACACGACAAUAAGAAACUCAUUCAAUUGAUGUGGGAGACACAGUGCUACAUUGUGGCUAAUCAGGAGCGAAUUAAGAAACUGGCGUCUUUUCUAAGACGAAAUACAUAGGAAAUAUUUUGAUUUUUUUUCACAAGUAAGAAAAUUCAAGCAAAUUGUGAUAUUAUGAACGUUUUCUUGCGUAUUAAAAGGUUUAACAUUAUGCAUGGGUAGAUUUUGCAUAAUAAUGUGAUAAACUUAUAAGAUUCUAUGUUUGUGCCAUAGACCAUUUUCGCCUUAUACCAACGCAUAUUUUUUUUCGUGUAAUAAAAGCUU